AGUUGAAAAUUUGAAAUUAUUUUAAAAAAUAAACCUGAAAUCUCCCGCCAAAAUCAAUAACAAAAAAGAGAGUCAAAAAUGAAAGACGAUCAUACUCCACAGAGAGAAGAUAUCGCGAAUCGAAGAGCUAAGGAUUCUCGCUUAAAGAAGCCAAACAAGAUCGUUAAGAGAAGCUUAAACGGUCUGUUUCCGCUGAUUUCUGAAGAUGUUUCGUCUGAUACCGCGAAGGAUUCAUCCGAUUUCUCUCCUGUUUCGGUGAUCACAGGCGCUAGUUGCUCCGAUCGAACCAGCUCUGAGUUGAAUGCUACUUCACCGGAAGUAAUUUCCGUCUCUAAGUCCAGCUGCAGCAGUAGCUUUCAACAGAUUUCUGACCUAGGUUUAUCAGAAGCCUCUACUUCUUGUGAGCAUACUCCGAUUUCUACUAUUAAAACCUGCUUCGAUAACUCAGGCAAUAGAUCUACGGAGCGGUCAUUCCAGAAACCAGACAGUUCUGUGGAGCUUGACCUGGUAUCAGAAUUUCCUAAACAUGCUCGAAAUCAGGUAUUAAAUUCUACUGGUGUGGAUCAGCAGUCGAAGAAGCUUUUAGAUACGCUUGUUAAGGUUCUUUUGGAUGACUUCUACUCUUUGCCUAAAGAGACAGACUGCCAUUUUCAACUUGCUUCUGCAUCAUUUCGCCUGAUGUUUCUUUUAGUCUUGCUCUGGUGCUUUCUUGCUUAUUUGGUGCUUUUUGGAUUGCGAUCUGAUAACUCUUAUGUUGGACCAACACCAACUUGAAGUACUUUAAGAAAUAGGUACUAAACAGAACACAGGCUCAACCAUGAUUACCAAUUUUUCAACUGACUAUAAAAGAAAAGCUGAUGUGGAAUGGAACCAGGCAACCAGCUCCUUUUGGUACACUUAAUUUUCAUUCUAUCUCGUACUGAAAUUGUUUGCUUAGUUGAAAUUGUAGCACUAAUCACUACACUGAACUUGUUUUAAAAGCUAGAUUCCUCACUAAAUAUUGAUACAUGUAGAUUGUCUAUAAGGAUAAAUUCAAUUACUGA